GUACUGCCGGGUCUGAGCGAGGCUGUCUUUCCCGUUAUCUGUGGAGCAAAGGUCGCCGAUAAGAGGAGGCAGCGUUUGGCCCGGCGUCAGCGAGCAUAUUUCCAACCAGCAGCACCAACUGCCGCAAGGACACCGCCACCGCUCCAGCAACAACCGCAACCUACGCCCCAACCGCUACGAUGGCUGCCUCGGACCCCAACGCCCGCCUCUUGCUUGCCUGACGUCGAGGUGUCCGCAUGCGCCCGAGCCAGUGCAGUUCUAGGAGCCUCACCUGACCUCGCCGCGAGGGCCCUGUCGACACCCGAGCCGGGCGACAGCAAGGGAAGCGUCUCGCUCAGACCGUCAACAGCGCCUCAGACCGGCAGCCGCUCAGUCACCGUCCACCUCCGAAAUGGCUCCAUCCCCGUCCAAGCUGGCCUACGCCUUGUACGAGAUGACAACUCAGACGAGCAAAAAGGUGCUCCAGUUUGUGCUAGAGGCGGGCACUCCCAGGAGACAGGCUGACAAGACCUUUUGCGAGUACCUCAUACAGGUGAAGUCGAUUUCAAUUACAACUAUCCGCAAGAAGUUUAAUCAAAGUCAAAGAAAAAAGAUAGAGAAGAGUGGUGAUGUCAUGACAUUUGAUAUCUCGCUCAUUUGCUUAUGCAUAGAAUUCGGCUGUGAUGGACUGGCACCCCCGGGAGAUACUCGAUGGACGACUUCAGCGGACACACUGGAAUGGAGUGUCACGAGCAUAAAGAAGCGUAGGAAUGACUUCCUGCAUGCUGAGUUUGUUGUAGAUGAAGAAAACUUUUUUAGAGUGAUAGAAGAGCUGAGAGAUCUGCUCAAUAACGCCCUCAUGAAAGCAGCAGAAAUCUACAACAUAGAUGAUGAUAUCAUCCAAGGUAAAUUGGAAGAUCUAAACCAAGAGAUCAACAGUCUCAGAGACAAUCCCUCACAGACAUCAGGUUCUCACGGAAUUGUUCUCGACAGACUGCGCCAGCAGGUGAAAGUCGAAGGGAAACGGGAGCUGAAGAAGAUUUACAGAAAGGAGUCCAGUUUUGGACCAGCUUCGAAUUUGAUUGGGAAAUCGAAGGUGCGUGUGGACAAAGUCUUCACCACGAUGGAAAUCAAGCAAGGUGGCUCACAUGAGUUAAUCCAAUACAGUGAACUUCUUGCAAAGGCAGAGGAGAGACGAGAACAGAAAGGGAAAGACUGUUCCGUGUUGCUCAUCGAAGGGCCUGCGGGUGUUGGCAAGACAACCCUCACAAGAAAGAUGAUAAGUGAUUGGGCCUCAGGCACUAGCUCCAUGGAGACUCUCACUGAUUAUGAUUUUGUAUAUUUAAGUAGGUGCCGAGACGAAAUAAAUUCCCUUGGCCACCUCCUUGGCUCUUUGAUGCCCAAAUCUAAAAUUAAAGUCCAAGGCAAACAUGGUUUGAUUGAGUGCAUUCAGCAAAAUAGACUCAUGUUCAUUGUGGAUGGGCUUGAUGAACUCAAUGAAGCAUCAGACAGAGUGCUGAGAGAAAUCAUGGAGAUGGGUAGAACUGAUGACAUCACUGUUCUCUGCACAACACGACCCAACAGAGUACCUGACUUCAAGGAUUAUGUGCCAGAGAACUUUGAUAUUAUUCAUAUGAAGGUUUUGGGCAUAAAAGAGAACAGACGUGAAGAGUUUGUAAAAAAUUAUAGCCAGGCUUUACAGGACCCAGGCUCCAUUGACAAAGACAUUUCUGGUCUCCUCCGGUAUCUGGCAAGAAAAGACAGCCAGAUGCAUGCCCACUGGCGGUUCCCCUUCAACUUAGUCCUCGUGACAAUAUUAUGGUUCCUUGACCCACAUGCUGUAAACAGUCUGACCACGGCGACAGAACUCUUCACAAAGACACAUAAAUUGUGCAUGCAACGAUUGCUUCAGAGGCUAAGUAAACACCAAGAAACAAAGACUUUCGACAUGGAUGAACUGAGAGGAAAAGUAGAUAAGUUCCUAAAAAAAUUCUAUAAAGAGGCUUUCGUUAACCAUUGUGGGGAUGCUGUCGUUCUGUCUCAGUCUUCAGUACAGAGGCUCAAGGAGGCAUGUCGCCUUCUAAGUCUUCCACCAAAAGAGGUUCUUGGAUCUUUCUGUAUCCAGGGAACUUCCCUGACAAAUUUCGAAGAAAAGUACAGCUUUCCCCACAAGAAUUUGCAGGACAUCUACUCGGCUUUUUAUGUGAUGGGCAUUCUUAAAACGCAUGAAUUGGGACUCAACAUCCCCAGUAUAAUGUCUGGAAUUGAGACUCUUCUCAUGAGUGAAGAUGUUCCUGAAAAUAUAGGUACAUCCAUCCUAAAUGACUGCUCUAAAAAAUUAUCAGAAUACCAACGUGACACGAUUAAGAAAGCAGGUAGUAUCCAGAGUGUUCUAGAAGGAGCCACCAAGGAAGCUUCCAUGUACAACAGAAAAGAGAAAAAGUUAGACUUGGUUAAGGACCAGAACAUUCUCAUUCAUCUCACGGGUUUGCUUCACCUCAGAGGAAAGCCAUUGGCAGAGCAAAGAUCAAAGGAGCUUUUGGAAUUACUCAAGGCCACUGGUAUUCGUGAUACAUCUCAGUGGCUAGACUUACUCUCCGAGGUCAAGUGCGACGGCUUAAUGAGUGAAUUACUUGCCAAGGCGAUGGAUCUCACGGAACGCAUAGAAAUAUCCGACGGCCAUUUAGCUGCAUUCAUGCGUGUUCUGAGCCACGCACGUCCGUCACUAUUGGUCCUGGACAUCAGCGGUGACCCCGAGGACAUCCCGUGCCUGCGGGAACUCCUCGUGGGGAUGAUAGACGCGACAUGGAAGGUGGAGCUAAGGUUCCUCCACGACUUCCGGCACCCGAGAGCAGGCGGGAGCGUCCUCGAUGAUACUCUUCAGCAAGUUUUCCGAAGAGUUCAAUGCAGCGGUUGUGACUCCCACAGCGGACGCCUCCAAAUCACGAGGUUCAAAGGGCAGCUGAGCGGAUCGGCCUUGGCGGCGCUGCCCUCGAGUCUCCAGGAACUAUAUUUGGCCGUGAAGGACGACGACCACUACCAGGAACUUCUUCCCGCCCUGUCCUCGCUCCCAAGGCGACUGCUACAACAGAGAUGUUUUGGCUUGCACGUUCCUGCGAGUCUGGACGCGGUGUCGCUUCGGCCUCUGCCCGGCGAGGUUGUUCCUUCCUUAUGGGUGAGCGGCGUCGAGGAAGCGACGGUCGAGGGGGCGAGUCGGGUCGUCGCGGCGCUGCAGCCCUCAGGAAGGUAUUUCAGCCUCUCCUUCCCUGGGGCGUGCGAGGAGGAGGAGGCUCUCGCUCGCCUCGUGGAGCAGCUCGGCCGCGAGGGAGUCCGGGUCGGGGGAGUGUCUGCGUCUCCCCGAAUCGACGGAGGAAGAGAAGGGCGGCUAAAAGGCCUCGUGGAAAGGGGGUUGCGCCGUGACUUUUGGACGAUGGACGAAGAAAGGAUCUGGAGAUAUUUAUAAAGACUGGAAUGCUAGAGGAGGUAGCCAGUGCUGAGCAUCGCCCUGUGGGAAGCUUUACCUCUGCCUUGGUCGCAGGAUCAUCAUAUUGAGAUAUUUUCUUGAUUUUUUGAAACUGAUACAUCCUGUAUAUAAAGUGUAGAAUGACAUGUGUUUCAUAUAUAUAUGAAGGUUUAUUUUAUAUCUAGUGAUUAAAAUACAUUUUACAAUUUUAAAGUAAAUGACUUGUAUUUUUGGGAUAUUCCUGGGCUGUUAUUUAGAAUGAUAGACAUUAUGGCAGAUUAUUUUGUUUCAGUCAAGGGAUGUUAGUUUCAUAAUCCAUUGUUUGAUUAUAAGUUUUACCUUUAGAGUUUGGCAUUUGGUAUUUUCAUGCUUCUCUUUCAUAUGGAUGCUGAUGUCAAGAGCCUUUCCUCAUUCAGGGUUUUUGGUCCCUGGUAUUUUUAGUUAAGAUUUCCGUGCUGAAGAACUUUGUUAAUAUUGAUGAGGAUUGAGUUUCCUUUCAUUGCACAUAUACAAUUAGAUAACACGUGUGAGAAUAUUGGACCAAUAAAUGAUAAGAAAGA